AUGGACGAAGGGAAUGAUGGAGGAAAAUUACACUCUCGAAAGCAUAGGAGAGAAAAAAAUAGGCGCAGUACGCGAAGGCAUCAUCGUUAUCAAAGAUUUGAAGAUACCGAAGGUAAAGAUGAUGUUUCCUGUUGUGGUCGUCCCAGACAGAAAAGCGAUUCACGUCGUCGAAAGCAUUAUCGGCAUCGUAGAAGGCAUAAAUCAAAACGCCAUCAUAAAAGUCAAAAAGAUAUUGGUGGAAUAAAAGAGGAAAUGCCAUCACCAUUACGUCCACCAACACCGCCACUAUCACAACAACCGGUUACGAAUUCGGUUGCUGUAUCAAAAGAGAAACAGAAAGAGGAAAAAGAAUCCGGUGAACUGGCAAGUACAAAUCAGGGUAAACAAUCAACAUCAGGUGAAAUUACUGGACAAGGAAAGUUAAGUAGUCAAUUGGGUACGUCACGUUCACCUCCAGCAUUACCCUCACGUGAUAGCCAAAAUAUUAAUGGACGUGAAAGUGGCAAGCAAAUAAUGGCAAUGUAUAAGACAGAAUUAUUGCAAGAAUUAUGCGUUACUCAAUGUAUUCGUGAUGGAUAUGAAAUAUGUCGAAUGGCAUAUACCACGUGUUUUCCGGUUUCAAAAAAACCAAAUUUUAUUUACUUACCUCAACUGAGAUUCACGGCAAAUGGUACACAAAAGAAAUCAUCCACUCAAACGAGUGUGACUAAUUUAGCGCAUGAAACAGCAGCACAAUCAGCUAACAUUAGUCAAAGUCAAAUAUCUGAUUUAGCAAAGGAAAAAAAUUUCAUGUCUGAGACGAAAAUAGACAAUUUUGUGGAAAAUCUAAAUGAAUGUUGCAUGGCACUUCGAAAAGCUCGCAAAAAUAUCGCUAAUGUUAAGCUUCUCGUUGGUGGUGAAACAUUGGGCGAAGUUCACAGAUAUGAUAUCGAUACAAAAGCAAUCAUAAAUGAUCUCAAAUAUCUUGAACAAAACAUUCAUCGAAAAAUCACAAUUUGA